AUGAAUAGGGAAGUGAUGGAGGGAGGAGAAUAGGGCGGGCUGUUGGAUUAGGUAACACCGACAGCGUGUUCUUGUGUGCUCUGUCGGGUGGAGUUGAGCUUCAGUCGGCCAGUCCCUCUACCAAACAAAGACAAGUGAUGGUGUAUUAAACGACUUCAGGAACCGGUGCUGGACACAACGUGACUGAAGCUGUCCUGCUGCAUCAGUCGUCGGGAGGAGGCCUCUAACGUUAUCUGUAACCACUGAUAACACUCACGGCAGCAUCUCUUCUUUUCUUCAACAUCCAGAGAAGCUGAUCUUCAUGUAAUUUUGUAUGUUGCUGUGACAGUGAGCUGCAAAACCACUCGGCCAUCAGCUGCGCACUUUUUUUUAUUGUUUACAUCUGUGUCACCAGCGGGAGCAUUUGUUCAAACUGCAAACAUCCUCUGAAGCAAGGACAUGCCAUUAUUGCAGCUGUUUGAAAGACUUCAUGUUCCUAUUUCCUGGAAUUAAGUUCAGAUGAAGUCCAUGGACUAAUUUAUGCUGAAACUAAUGAAAUUCAAUAUAACUGUCCAAGAGCGCAAGAUCAAGAUGGUCUUUUAUCAUCAGACUGAUUUUAUGCUAGGCAUAAAUGGAUACACCAUUCUUUAAUAAUCUUAAUGAAGGCAUUUUUCUGACAAAAGAUUAGGGCGACAAGGUGCCCGGAGGUGGACUACUGUAUCUCCUCUGCCAUCUGCUCUGCCGCCUGUUUCCAACCUUUGUACUGACUAAGGGGGCUUUUCUACAUCAAGAUGGAACUUUUGUUUAACCCUUUUGACAACUUGGUUUGUAUCCUGCUGGGUAUCUCCUUCACCGUGUGGUUUACCCUGCUGCUGGUCUUCAUCAUCGUGCCUGCCAUAUUGGGGGUCUCUUUUGGCAUUCGACGUCUGUACAUGAAAUCAUUGUUAAAGAUCUUUGAGUGGGCCACACUCAGGAUAGAGAGAGGAGCCAAAGAGAAGAAUCACCAAUUGUACAAGCCUUACUCAAAUGCAAUCAUUGCCAAGGAACCCACCUCGUUGGAGGAGGAGAUCAAGGAGAUCCGGCGAAGCGCUAGCAACAGAGACCUGGAUUCGGCCCCUGAAUUUGAGAUGUCUGACAUCUUCUACUUCGCUCGGCGAGGAGUUGCAAGCAUCAUGGACGAUGAGGUGACAAAACGGUUCUCUGCUGAAGAGUUAGAAUCCUGGAACCUGCUGACCCGCAGCAACUAUAACUUCCAGUACAUCAGCUUGAGGCUGACUGUGCUAUGGGGGCUGGGCCUGCUGAUCCGUUACGGUUUCCUGCUCCCUCUCAGGGUUACUCUUGCCUUCACUGGUGUCGGUCUCCUUGUGUUCCUCACCUCGAUUAUUGGACUGCUGCCAAAUGGAAGGAUGAAAAACCUUUUGAGUGAGAAAGUCCACUUGAUGUGCUACAGAAUAUGUGUCAGAGCACUGACGGCCAUCAUAACCUAUCACGACAGUGAAAAUAAACCCAAGAAUGGAGGCAUCUGUGUUGCCAACCACACGUCGCCUAUAGAUGUCAUCAUCCUGGCCAGUGAUGGCUGCUAUGCUAUGGUUGGUCAAAUUCACGGUGGCUUGAUGGGUGUCAUUCAGAGAGCUAUGGUCAAAGCCUGCCCACACAUUUGGUUUGAACGCUCAGAAGUCAAAGACAGACACCUAGUGGCAAAAAGACUAAGUGACCAUGUUCAAGAUAAAUCUAAACUUCCCAUUCUGAUUUUUCCAGAAGGUACCUGCAUCAACAAUACAUCAGUAAUGAUGUUUAAGAAGGGCAGUUUUGAGAUUGGUACCACAGUCUACCCUGUAGCUAUUAAGUAUGAUCCUCGAUUUGGUGAUGCCUUUUGGAAUAGCAGUAAAUUUGGCAUGGUCAAUUACCUGUUACGUAUGAUGAGCAGCUGGGCCAUCGUCUGUAGUGUGUGGUACCUUCCACCGAUGUCCAGAGAGGAGGAUGAGGACGCUGUCCAGUUUGCCAAUCGAGUAAAGUCUGCCAUAGCCAGACAAGGGGGACUGGUUGACCUGCUGUGGGACGGAGGACUGAAGCGAGAAAAGGUAAAAGAUACCUUUAAAGAGGAGCAGCAGAAACUGUACAGUAAAAUGCUAGUGGGGACCCAAGAAGACCGCAGUCGCUCCUGAAGGACAUUAGUGGAGGUCGACUAACUCAGAGACUCACUUGUGCUUAUCUGACCGUAAAGGCAAUCAACCAGGCUCAGUGUCUACACUCCUGGACCUGAACUGAGAGAAAAAAAAUCCCUCUGUGAUGUCAACAGUGCUCCAUUUGGCUUACUUUGUUACUGCCACAGCCUGACGUGUUUUGUGUGCAUUGCAGCUAUUGGUCUUAUUGAGUCUGUGGCCUUUUGUUAGGAAUUUGCUCAACAGAAGCCUUGCUUGCAUUAGGAAUUGAAAUGAGGAUUUCACAGGGAAAGGAUCAUCGUCUUCUUCAGUGGCAUACUUUUGUGAGAAAAAAACAUUAUCAUCACUUUUGGUUAAGUUUAUCUCGUUUUUUUUUUUUAAGUUUUAAUUUUUAAUUUUUUAAUGUCAUGUUUGUAUCAGUGUUGACACUUUCAGACCUCUUUCUGUGUGGGAUAUAGAUUGAUUUGUUGUUGCUAAAUCCUGUGACUGAGGUGGAUUUUUGCAUGAUUGGCAAAUGCCCACAAUAUAUGGGGCAUUGUGGCAAGUUCUGUUACAGUUAAAAUAUUGUGUUUUUGUUUUCCCAUGAAAAAUGGAAACUUGCAUUCUAAGGUUUGUUUUGUAAGGUAUUGUCAUGGGAGAUCAUCUCUUAAUGUUUUUGCCAGUUUCUUUGUUCUUUCCGCAGAAUGUGUAAAUCCUCACAUUAUGAAGUGGAACUUGUGCAUCACAGAAACUUAGAUGACGAUUUGUGGUCAGAAUGGAGAGUUUCUUGUUGAAGCUCAUGGUUUCAAAGGGAUAAGUGAUUUUAUUAACAAUUUAUUUGAGUUACUGUUAGCAUUGACCCUUCUAGGCCCAGGGCUUUUACAGAUAAUGAAGUAGUAUAAUCAUGAACGCGUUUAGGCUAAUGUUGCUCACACUAACUAACCUUCAGACAGCCACUCAAGUUAUAUUAGCUCUCUGCUUGUGCAGUGACAAUAACGCCCUAAUAUAUUUUAAGUAGACUCCAAAACAAUUUGUCUGAAUUUCUCCAUCCAUCAGUAAUCUGUCCUACUUGGCAGUCUCCACAAGUAGGUUUAUGAAAGAAGGGACAGAGUGCAGCUGUGGUUCUGACUCCUCAUCAAGUUGGGGAGCAAUGUGGACAGCCUUGUAGGCUCUUCACCAAGGCCCACACUCACUUUUUUUUUUAUCUUUCAGGGAUUGUUUUUGAGAUCAUGUCAAAUCUCUUCAUCAAAAUAAAUGUUUAAGAAUGUGAA